AUGGCUGACUUAAGCAACAAUGUUGACUUGCCGGGCGAGAAGGCUGCAUGGCCUCAGAACUCUGACGCCUCAUCUGGUCAAGUCGAGACCAUCGAACAAGCACCAGGACCAGACACCGAAAUCGUCGACAAGGCGACUGAGCGCGCGGUAUUACGCAAGCUAGACUACCGUAUUGUCCCAAUGGUCAUGUGGGUAUACCUGAUGAACAUGAUGGAUCGAGUCAACAUUGGAAAUGCCCGAUUAUUCGGCUUGGAAGAUGACUUGAACCUGGGAUCUGGGCAGUUCCAACUAGCAGUCUCAGUUCUGUUCAUCACCUACUGCCUAUUUGAAGCUCCGUCUAACAUGGUCAUCAAACGCCUUCAACCUGCCCGAUACCUUGCAGGGCUGACUAUCUGCUGGGGCUUCGUCGCCACUUUCAGCGCCUUUGUAAACAACUUCGCUGCUCUUGUGGUGUGUCGCCUCCUCUUGGGCCUGUUCGAGGCAGGAUUCUUCCCAGGAGUGGUCCUUUAUCUGUCCAUGUUCUACAGCCGGCGAAGCCUCGCCCUCCGGAUCGCCUACUUCUACGGAACCGCAGCUGCCUCUGGCGUGGCCGGGGGCUUGGUCGCAUACGGCAUCAGCUUCAUGGACGGCCACGCCGGCUGGCGCGCCUGGAGAUGGAUCAUCCUCAUCAACGGGCUGCCCACCAUCGUCACCGGCUGCGUCAUCCCGUUCGUGCUGCCAAACAGCCCCGAGACGGCAAAGUUCCUCUCGGACGAGGACAAGCGCAACCUCGUCCGCAUCCACGAGCAGCAGAUCGGCAGGGCGCGGAACCUGCGCGAGAUGGAGUGGGAGGACGUCAAGGACGGCAUCAGGGACUGGACGACCUGGGCGUACUGCUUCGCACUGUUUCCGCUGCUGACUAUGCUCUACUCCUUCGUCGUGUUCCUCCCCACAAUCAUCCACGGGCUCGGCAGCUGGAACGCGACGGAGGUCCAGGCCAUGACUGUCCCUGUCUAUGCCGUCGGGGCCAUCGUCUAUGUCGCAUGCGCCCGGGUGAGUGACCUCACGCAGCGCCGCGGCUACUUUAUCAUGGGCGCCAUCGUCUCUUCGAUAGUGGGCUACGGCAUGCUCAUUGCCGAGAAGGGCAACGCCGUGUCGUAUGCCGGCACUUUCUUCGUCAGUAUCGGCAUCUUCGCCGGGGCGGGCAUCUCGUUUGCCUGGGUCCCGACUAACAACCCUCGCUACGGCAAGCGGGCGUUCUCAACAGGGAUGCAUCUCACCAUUGGUAACUCCUCUGGGGUUGCGUCGCCUUUCUUGUUCGCGGGAAGCAGUUUUGUGCCCGGUUACGCGGCGAGUAUGGGUAUGCUGGCGGUCUCGUUCGCUCUCAACGUGCUGCUGAAUGUGCACUUCCGGAGACAGAACAAGUUAAGAGAUGAGGGUAGGAUGGACUACCUGAUGGACGGCAAGACGGAGGAUGAGAUUGAGGCCAUGGGAGAGAAGAGCCCGAGGUUCCGAUUCGCAAUUUGA